AUGGAGACCGAGCAACAAGUAAAACAUGCUGCUGCCAUGCAGAACAACAGCAGUACCACGCCCGCGUCCUUGAGCGCCUUGGAAAAGUUACCGACCGAAGUUAUUCUCAUGAUUGGAUCAGAGGUUUGCCCGCUCCAUUUUAUGGUUGUUACACUCGUCUCCAAGCGUCUUCGAUCAGUCCUCCUCCCUCGGCGUUUCAAAACGCUCGAAUUUUCCGGAUCCUUGAAAAGGCUGGCUCACGAUAUGAAGUCCUUUCUUUCUGGCGAUUUGAAGCACUUGAUGAUGACCAUUCUUCCUACUCUCAAGUCUGUCACUAUUCUCUUUAAACCCUACACUCAUGCCGAGGAAAUUACAGAUUUGCACCUUUCGACACACAGAUUCGCGGUCGUCAGUGAAUUCAUCUCCAAGUUAUCUGCAGUUGAUCUGAUCUCUUUCGAGAAUAUAAUUGACCGUGAAGAUAUCGACUUUGCUGAGGGAUUGGGUAACACACCAAAGUGGAAUGGUCCCAAGUCUGUCAUCUUUUGCGGUCGCAGGAACCUCCCGAUUUUCAGUGCCCUCAUAAACCAAUUCGCCCCAAAUACUGUCAAGGCAGUUGAGCUUCCUCGCUUCACUGCAAAGAAUCAUCCUUUGACCUUGAAAUCCGCUUUUCCUUUCCUUAAGGGGUUGAAGGCCGAUUUGAGUGGGUUCCACGCCCCUUCGCGAACACUUGCCUGCAUGAACAACAACCUUAUUCAGGCAUUUAAUUUUUUCUUCCCGCACCUCGAAGCGUUAUCGUUGAUCAUUUGGAUCGUGAUGCGUUGGGGGCGAGAGGUAGCAGCAUCUAUGUGA